CCCAAAUCGCGUUACAAAACGUUGUCGACGAAUCGAGAAAACACGGUAAGGUUCUCCUUUAAUUGGCACUUAACUGUUUAGGAUUAUUACUCGCUUUCUUCGGCUGUUCGCCCAUCGAUCGGCGACAGCACUGCGCAGGUCCACCGCGGUCUUUUCGUUCUUUACGCCGUCAGUUCGUGAUCGCAUUUGUCUCAGAACCACGUUUCGCCGUCGCUCGCCAAGAUGCCGACUCCUAGGACUAGCUCACCUGAGGGUUAAUUGCAGUUGGGGACAGGUGUGGAACGUGAGGUGACAUCUGAACACCAAGGGCAUCAUCAGAAGUAGCAACAACAACACACAACAAACAAAACCCCACAAAAAAAAAAAUCAAAAAAAAAUCAAACAAACAAAAAGAAGGGGGUGACGUCAAGGUAUGACACCAAAUAUCAAAAAGGUUUACUGGCUUUUGAGAUGUUUAUUAUUAACACAAACGAUGAUCACUGAAGUUGUCGCACCUGCCUUCGGGGCCGGAAUGCCGGGAGAGCAGAACAGGAAAAUAAUAACCGACGGUGAGGUGAUAUUCGGAGGACUUUUCCCCAUGCACGAAAAGGGACAGAACGGCACGAGCUGUGGUCAGAUUAAAAAGGAGAAGGGUAUCCAGAGACUGGAGGCGAUGCUGUAUGCCGUGGAUACGAUAAAUAAGAAUCCCACCUUGUUGCCUGGAAUUACAAUAGGGGUUCACAUCCUGGACACGUGCAGUCUUGAUACCUACGCGCUGGAACAGUGCAUGGAUUUCAUUAAAGCCCAGUUGUCCACGAUAGACUUUGAGAAGUACAAAUGCACCGAUGGGACUUUACCGCGGUAUAAACCCCUGCACCCGGUUGCCGGGGUGAUAGGCGCCGCGUCCAGUCUUGUGUCCAUCAUGGUUGCAAAUAUUCUUCGACUCUUCAAGGUAAGUCCUGUUACACAGAGGGGUGCAUUCGGUUUUUCACUGGAAUGCUACGUUCUACUUAAUUGA